AACGUUAAAUUUCUUAAACUACUGUCAGUCUUUCAGUGUGAACAAGGCAAAUAUCCAAAGACAAAUUAUGUUACCGUUUAAUUUACGUCUGCAAAUGAAGCUAUUCAAAGUUGAGACCUUAGUGUCAUUGCUUGGAGUGAAAUAAAAGCAAGCAUUUUUACAUAUAGCAUCCACUGACCCGACACACAGAGAGCGCGAGAGAGAGAGAGAGAGAGAGAGAGAGAGAUGUAACUUUCACGACAAACUUUCAGAGUAAAAAUUCCCAUCACCAUUUUGAUUAUCCUUUUUCCCCGCUGUCCAUCUUACCCAACACUGAAAGUACCCUCCCACCAAAGUGAUAAAGAACAAUACAAUUCCUUCUUACAUGUACAAAGAUCUAACCUCCAACACAAUCUAAGGAUAUUCUCCAUUUCCACGUCUCUCAAACUUAUUUCUAGUUUCUAUUUGAGUUUUUCAUUCCAGAAAUAGCCAACAAACACAGAUUUUUGAGCGUGGCCUUGAAAUUUCUGGGCUCGGGAAACAAUUAACAUGGCGUCAAAAUCAGAUUUCGCGCAGAAGUUACUGCAUGAUCUUCGUCUGCGUAAAGAACGGAUGGCUGCAACUCAAAAUUCGGGCCAACAUUCCAACCAAAUGUCUACAGCUACGUAUGUAAAUCGUGGGCAAACUUACAGUGGCGGUCGGCAAAUAAAGGCCUCACAAUCUCAGGCUAGUUCCAGAACAGGAAACACGUUCAGAAAGUCUAAUGCAGGCAGCAGAGCAAUCAGUAAUGAUGAAUCUUCAAAACAAAUUGUUCUCUCUGACAGAGGCCAUGGCUCUAGACAAGCAGGAGAUCUCUCAACGGCCAUAGCUUUUGCGCUUGAAAAUGGUGGGAAACUCAAAAUCACCUCUUCAAGCAAUAAUCCACUGGUGAAUUUUUUCAAUCGAUUUGGUCGCAGAUCAGUAGACACUGGAAAGAUGAAAAUAAGCAAUAAGCAGGGUCUUUCAACCAAUCAGUUCCCUACUGUCUCUCACAUUCAUAUAACAGAAAUAUCAAAAGGAAUACAGAAGCUGAAUCAGAUUCUAAGAGCUUGUUCCAAUGGCCAUAAUUUCGAUAGGAACUCCAUACAAGUUGGGAAAGAACUGUUGAAAGGGGCAAUGGACUUGGAAGAAUCCUUGAAAAUGCUCGUAAACCUGCAGGAAGCUUCAGAAUACAUGAUCAGCCCUCAACAAAAAAGUCGUAUUAAGCUACUUGAUGAGGAUGAAGACGAUGAAGAUAACAACGAUAACAUAGUUGACAAGAGGAUACUGGAUAGGCCAAGGUUCUCUUUUGAUAAACACGACAAGAACUCGUAUGUUUCAAGAGAUUCUAGCCAGAAUGAUUUUACGCAGCAACUGAUGGUCUUAACAUAUCCAGCUGAAAGCCCUAAACAAGUUUUAAGUAGCUCAAAGAUAGCUCCACAUAAGAGGUCCGCUAGCUGUGUUCCAGAUUUUGAUUCUCGUUCUGCAUAUGUGAAGCCCAAAAUUCACCCAGGUUCACCACAGUGUACACAAGACAAAGGGAGAAUGUCAAAUGUCAUUGCAAAACUUAUGGGACUCGAAGAACUUCCUCAAAAGGAAGAUUCCAAGUGUGUGCAAAAAGAUUCAAGCCAAAAAAAGAAGGAAGGGAAAAUCUCAAACAAAAAUUCAAAGUUGCCUCAACCACUCGAUAGGGACGGUAAGAACGGAUCACCUCUUAGUACUAAUAAAAAGUUGAUUCAAACCAACCAUGCACCAGCAACCAGGGAUGCUAAAUUUGAUGUUGAAAUAGAGAAGAAUCAAGUAACUUCAAGUGGCAAAUCUGAAACGGUAAUUUCUGGUAAAAAUCCACCGCGACAAGACAUGAAGAUACAAGCAGUUGGUGUGGAUGCACAGUCAGGCCCAAAAACAGAGACCAUUGCAAUGAACAAGCAGAGAAAUCGCAUCAGUGAACCAAAUCAAGUUCCGGGAUUUCAGAAUUUCCAGGAGAGCAAGACACAAGAGAAUGUUACAAAAUACAGAGAAAGGAAAAUGGCUGACACACGAGGAAGCAAUUCAAUCUCAAACACUGAGCUGCAGCAGAAGCCACAACAAAAAGUCAGAAAACCAGAAGCUGAAAUAGCACAAGAAAACAUCGAGUCCAAGGUAAUCGUAGAUCACCUGCCAAAAAGCAGUGCAAAUGAGGUCCUCCGAAGUAAUCCACAAAAGCUGCAGGAUGACCAAGAACUGCAUCAAGUGCCGGUGCCUACCAAACCUGAUCGUUCAGAGAACAAGAGUCAAGCAGAAAAAAGUGGGCAACAGCUUCUGAAACAAAAUUUGCAGCCCAAAAAUCUUAAAGGGCAUCAAGUGGAACGCAUGAUUGCAUCUAAACCCAAGAGCAAAGUAACAAGUUUGCAAAAGAAACAAUCAAAUGCUAAGGCUACACCAGCUAACAGAAAAUCUAUCAAACAAUUGGAAAAGGUGUCCCUGAAAGAUUCACCAAACAGCAGACAACAGUAUGAUUCCCGAAUUACCGCCUCUUAUAACUCCACGGUCAAUCUGAAAAUUUCCAUGAAUGACCUCCAAAGUCAAAACUCAUCUACCAAAGAACUAGAAAAUGAGAUGCAGAAAGAAGGGGGUAGCACUCCUCUGCUUGCAAAAGAGAAGCCUAUGGAUGUAGUAGCCACACAGAAGGCUGUGCAAAUUCGUAGAAAUGAGAAGCAUCCGAAGAUAGAUGUAGUGAUGACUAGAAGAAAUGGAAUGGGGAAUCACUCUACAAGACCACUGAAACAUUCAACUGUCAUGUUACGAGUGAAACAGCAGAAGCCAGACCAGCUCAAGGAAGAAGAAGUAGCCAUUAUUAGAUGUAAAGAUUCAGAAAGAAUAAAUGAACCGCUUAAAGAGUCAGAUAAGUUGCAAAAUGAUGCUGGACAAACUACCAUUUUAAACAAUUCUGUUGCAGAUGAAUGCCAAACUCAGAAAUGUCUGGACAUGCUAACUCCAAAUGACAGGUGUCAAGAUUUAGCCCCGAAGUCAGUCAAGGUUAUUGAUGAUUACCAGAGUGGAGAUCAGCCAUAUGCUUUUACCGAAGCGCAUGAAUUCAAAGAAUGCAUUCAAUCAACUGUAGACACUGCAGGAGUCCGUGAAGCAGGCUUGGAAUUAUGCAACUUUUCCCAGCAUGAGUACAAGAAAAGUCCCGCGAGUCAAGACCAACUUACAGAAUCUGAAAAGUAUCUCAAAGUGAUGCUAAUCAAAAGUCAGUCAUUUCUAAAUGCGGCAGAAACACUUUACAAGCUCGAUUUAUCUGAAAGCUUUAUUCGCGCUGGUGAUCACAAUGGUGAAGAUGCAAACAUGAAGCUCAUAUUGGAUUGUGGAUACGAAGUAAUGAAAAGAAAAGCAUGGAGACAAGAAGUCACAGUGCAUCCCUAUACUACAACUUCAAUCAGUCAUCCAAAAGUAAGGUCCUUUGAUGAUUUGGUAAAGCAACUCUACAAAGACUUCGAAAUGUUAAAGAUCUACGUGGACAAUGGGAAUGACGAAUGUGAUGUAGCAGACUACCUGUAUAAAAUGCUUGACAGAGACAUCCAUAACAGGGAUUUAGAUGUUAACAGUGCGUGGGAUUUUGGAUGGGAUGACAUGAUGUUUGCGUACCCUGAACAGGACUUUAUCAUAAAGGAUGUGGAGAAGCACAUGCUCAACGGACUCCUGAACGAGAUCACCAAUGAUCUAUUGAUUGUAAGUGUUUCGGCUUGACUGUUUGAGCAAAACAGGCCUUGUUUAGCCACUGCAUACAUAUUUAUAGUGAAUCCCACUUAUUUUGUCCAAAGAAACAAUUAAUCCGAGUUGAAAAAUGAGGUUUUGCACAGAGUGAAAUAAAUUGCAAUGUUAUUGAAUC